AUGCGCCACGUGGGUGGCCAGAUGCAGCAGGGUAGUGCAGCGGGGGCCACCGCUCUGUACGAGAAUGGUGGCCCGGCGGUAUCCGGUGGAGAUGCGGGGGAUGCCGUCAUGGCCCGCUGGCUGCAGUCUGCCGGGUUGCAGCAUCUGGCCACUCCAAUGGCGUCCAAUGCAGUGGAUCACCGCAUGCUCCCUAAUCUAUUGAUGCAGGGCUAUGGACCUCAGUCUGCAGAAGAGAAGCAGAGGCUUUUCAAACUUAUGAGGAAUCUCAACUUCAAUGGUGAAACUGGUUCUGAGCCUUAUACCCCAAGUGCCCAAAGUUCGGGUGCAUUUGCUUCGUCAGAAGGAUUUUAUUCUCCUGAGUUUAGGGGGGAUUUUGGAGCUGGACUUCUGGAUCUACAUUCUAUGGAUGACACAGAGCUACUGUCUGAUCAUGUUAUUACGGAGCCAUUUGAGCCUUCUCCUUUCAUGCCUGCUGUGAGCAAAGCUUUUGAGAGCAACUUUGAUGAGGUAGCCAACAGACAGCUGAGAGGGCAAACAGACACAGAGAUACCUGCUGGAUCAUCUGCUAAUGAAAAAGAAAUCAGCACGAGGGAGAACAAUGUGGCUAAGAUUAAAGUUGUGGUACGCAAGAGGCCUUUAAACAAGAAGGAAGUUUCUCGCAAAGAGGAUGAUAUUGUGACUGUGUACGAUGAUGCCUAUUUAACGGUCCAUGAACCAAAGUUAAAGGUCGACCUGACUGCAUAUGUGGAGAAACAUGAAUUUUGUUUUGAUGCAGUUCUAGACGAGCAUGUGACGAAUGAUGAGGUUUACCGCAACACUGUGGAGCCAAUUAUACCCACUAUUUUUCAACGUACCAAAGCUACAUGUUUUGCAUAUGGUCAAACAGGAAGUGGCAAGACUUACACAAUGCAGCCAUUGCCUCUCAGAGCAGUAGAAGACCUUGUUAGAUUGCUGCAUCAGCCAGUUUAUCGUAAUCAAAGAUUUAAGUUGUGGCUUAGCUAUUUUGAGAUCUAUGGGGGGAAACUAUUUGAUCUGUUGAGCGAUAGGAAGAAAUUGUGCAUGAGGGAAGAUGGCAGACAGCAAGUUUGUAUUGUUGGAUUGCAGGAGUUUGAAGUAUCAGACGUGCAUAUUGUGAAAGAAUAUAUUGAGAGGGGAAAUGCAGCUAGAAGUACUGGCUCAACCGGGGCUAAUGAAGAGUCCUCAAGAUCACAUGCAAUUUUGCAACUGGCUGUGAAGAAGCACCCGGAGGUGAAAGAAUCUAAGAGAAAUAAUAAUAAUAAUAAUGAUGCCAAUGAAUCCAGGAGUGGGAAGGUUGUUGGCAAGAUUUCUUUUAUUGAUCUUGCCGGUAGCGAGAGAGGUGCUGACACUACAGAUAAUGAUCGACAAACGAGGAUUGAAGGAGCCGAAAUCAACAAAAGUCUAUUGGCACUCAAGGAGUGUAUUCGAGCGCUUGACAAUGACCAGAUUCACAUCCCAUUCCGUGGAAGCAAACUUACUGAGGUGCUUCGUGACUCUUUUGUUGGUAAUUCACGGACUGUUAUGAUCUCUUGCAUCUCCCCAAAUGCUGGCUCAUGUGAGCACACUCUCAAUACCUUGCGAUAUGCCGAUCGGGUCAAAAGUCUUUCCAAAAGUGGAAACCCACGAAAAGAUCUGGCCAAUUCACUGCCACCUGUUGUUAAGGAACAUUCAUCAUCAGCUCCGACUUUGCCGGUAACUGCUGAGUCAGAUGAUGCGUAUGAGCAGCUUCAAGUGUCUAAAGUAGUGGAUACAAGCAGAAGGCGUGCGGCUAAGGAAACUCCAUCUUUUAACGAUGAAAAACUUCCAUCCAGUUUUUCCUCGAAUCCCAACUUCAAUGGCCAUGAGGGAGUUGAGCUAGCCGCUGGUGGUGAAAGAGAACUUAGAAAUGCUUUUAGGGCUCCUCCUAGCCAGAAGACUUUGGUGGGCAGUUAUUCACAAAGUUCAACUGAUGUUGAAGAGAAAAUGCAGAAAGUGUCCCCACCACGACAGAAAGCUUACAGGGAUGAAAAGGUUGAGAAGGCGGGAAAAAGAGAUAUUGACAGCUCAGAUGUUAUGUCGCCAAGUAGUUAUAAGCAGAGGAUGGCAUACAGUUCUAGUACGAGUAGCACUGGCACUAAACAGUAUGAACCCGAGCCGUCUCCUGAUGGGAGGAUGAAUGAGAUACUUGAGGAAGAGGAGGCUCUGAUUGCAGCGCAUAGAAAGGAGAUUGAAGAUACUAUGGAGAUAGUUCGUGAGGAGAUGAAACUAUUAGCAGAAGUUGACCAGCCGGGCAGCCAAAUUGACAAUUACGUGACGCAAUUGAGUUUCGUCCUCUCCCGGAAAGCUGCCAGUCUGGUCAGCCUUCAAGCCCGGCUGGCGAGGUUCCAGCAUCGGCUGAAAGAGCAGGAAAUUCUUAGUCGAAAGAGGGUACCCCGCUAA